AUGGGCGCCUAUCUCUAUGGGCGCCUAUCUCUAGGGCGCCUAUCUCUAGGGCGCCUAUCUCUAGGGGCGCCUAUCUCUAGGGGCGCCUAUCUCUAUGGGGCGCCUAUCUCUAGGGCGCCUAUCUCUAUGGGCGCCUAUCUCUAUGGGCGCCUAUCUCUAUGGGCGCCUAUCUCUAUGGGCGCCUAUCUCUAUGGGCGCCUAUCUCUAUGGGCGCCUAUCUCUAGGGGCACUAUCUCUAGGGCGCCUAUCUCUAGGGGCGCCUAUCUCUAUGGGCGCCUAUCUCUAUGGCGCCUAUCUCUAGGGCGCCUAUCUCUAUGGCGCCUAUCUCUAUGGGCGCCUAUCUCUAUGGGCGCCUAUCUCUAUGGGCGCCUAUCUCUAUGGGCGCCUAUCUCUAUGGGCGCCUAUCUCUAUGGGCGCCUAUCUCUAUGGGGCGCCUAUCUCUAUGGGCGCCUAUCUCUAUGGGCGCCUAUCUCUAGGGGCGCCUAUCUCUAUGGGCGCCUAUCUCUAGGGGCGCCUAUCUCUAUGGGCGCCUAUCUCUCUAUGGGCGCCUAUCUCUAUGGGCGCCUAUCUCUAUGGGCGCCUAUCUCUAUGGCGCCUAUCUCUAUGGGCGCCUAUCUCUAUGGGGCGCCUAUCUCUAUGGGCGCCUAUCUCUAG